AUGCGCGAGGUCGCCGCCAGCCAAGAAGAGAUGCUGGAGAUGUGCUUCCGCCACGGCCUCCUCCGUCGGGGAAGAGCCGGCGGCAUCUCAAUCAGAUUCCGCACGUGGGAGGCCUUUGGCCAGCUGCUGGCUGUGACAUCGCAGCACGGACGCGAUCGCCUGGGGGUCUUUUUGGAAGGAGGACACGUCUGCGCGAAGUUGGUGCUGCACCCUGCCCCCGAGGUGCAGCUGUGCCUUGCUCACGCGCACCUCAGCGACGGGGUCUGGCACUCCGUCAGGGUCGAGAGGUUUGGCCAGUGGGUGGAGCUGGUCGUGGACGAGGGCGACGGGCCGCUCUACAAUACGACGCCCACGCCGGACACCCUUGGCGGCUGGUCGGUGCCUCUGCAGCUGGACCGGCAGGAGGGCGUGCUGGUGGGCGGGUCGCCGGAAUAUGUGGGCGUGAGCCUGUUCACUGUUCAUCACGACUUCCACGAGGGAUGCCUGGACGACCUGCGGGUGUCGGGAGUGCCCCUGCCUCUGCCUCCGCUGGCCAACUCGACGACGUGGGCGCAGGCGACCAUGUUCACCCACGUGCAUCCCUCCUGCACCGCGCCCGCCGCCUGCACCAACCUCACCUGCCCCGAGCCGCUCUCCUGCCUCGACGUGUGGCGCCGCCACGAGUGCGGGUCACAGUCUGAAUCCCUCUCCGGUUAUGCAAUCUGGCCCGAGGAUGUGACUGUGUGUCCUAGCUCUAUAUUCUUGUAUAACCAGGAUUACGUCAGGGAAUUCCUGAAAAAAAAUAGCAGCCGUGUGUUCGUCUCAGGUUCACACCGGGAACUUCCGCGAGGACGCCGCACGCAAAAGGCCGAGCCGCCCAGGACAGGGGUCAGCGUUCCAGAGGGGACUUUUAAGUCUCUCCUGCGCAAGAAUAGACGCACAAGAUGA